AUGGAUGAGAAUUUCAUCAAACAAGCCUUCAGCACUAUGGGCGAGACGGCGUAUGGUGUUAAGAUCAUUACCCACAGAGUAACAGGGUAUGUUCAUCACACCUCUGUCUAAUGUAGUCAAGUGAUGCCAUGUGUUUAGCAUGUGUUCACUUGUUUGAAAAUAGUCCACACUAUUGCAUGUAGGCUAUAGAUCAAGCCACUACUUGCCCAAAUUAGAAUCAGUCAGUGAUUAAAAUACAUUGUGAGUAAUUGAACCCUAUCAGCUACAAUGCCAGGCUACCCUAACCUUAAAUGCCAGUUGUUCUAGAACCUCCUGUUGUCAUUUUAGUGAAGUACUUGAUUUACUUACCACAGAGCUGUGAAUUGAUAAGGUAAUUCUAAAAUACAAUAUUUGUGGGAUAUUAUUACCCCACAUUGGGGUUUUCUGUCCGUUUCUAAAAUGUAGUUGUAUCACACUAUUGUCACUAAUUCAAUCUCUUGUUCUACAGUGGUUCAGCAGGCUAUUGCUUUGUGGAAAUGUCAGACGAAGCCAGCGUUGACCGAUGCGUUCACAGACUGAAUGGGAAGCUAGUUCCUGGAUCAAAUCCGGUGAGCACUCAUUAUAAGCUUGACAUUUCUAAUAUUCAUAGUUCAUUUGAACAACUUACUGAUGAUGUAUUAGCGGACAACCACCCUCUAGUUUUAGUUUCAAAUGUAUUGUUGAUAGCGGAGCUUCACUAGCAUUGGCCCCCACCUUAAUUUGAGGUUGAUGGAACGGAAUACAUUACAGCAAAGUUACUGAGGUCCGUUUUCUUCCUGAUGAAGGUGGUUGAGGCAGUUUGUAAAUAGACUUUGUUUUUAGCUGUAGCUCAGUUGGUAGAGCAUGGCGCUUGCAACGCAAGGGUUGUGGGUAUGAAAAAAUGUAUGCACUCACUAAUUGUAAGUCGCUCUGGAUAAGAGCGUCUGCUAAAUGACUAAAACGUCAAUUGGAUCACUAAAAUGUUUGAAGCUGGUGAAUAAACUCUGUUAGGAACUAACUGACGAAUGGAAUAAAGCCUGUAGGUGGUGGAGGUAUGUAAACCAAAUAAAAUGUUAUUCUCUAAUAAUAUACUCUUUAUUUUCCAGCAAUAUAUGUCCUUGCUACACACGUUUGUCUUUGAAGGUGCUUGACUGCUUGUUCUUUCUUCCUGUAUAGCCCAGAAAGUUUAAGUUAAACUAUGCAACUUACGGGAAACGGCCAGAAACUGGGUAAGCUGUUUUACUUUCUUCCUCUUCAUUUGAUGCAUGAUUCUGUUGUUGGAACCCGCAGUAACUUGUUUGUCAUGUUUGCUGCUCUGUGUGAUAUUUCCUACCUCCAGAAAAAAUAUUGUGAGAAAGAAAACGCUAGAUGGUAUGGUGUUGGUUCACCUUAUUAAUCCCUCUCUCUCUGUGUCUCUUUUUUAUGCAUCCUCAGGCCAGAAUUUUCUGUCUUUGUGGGAGAUCUGUCUUCAGAAGUGGAUGACUACCAACUUCAUCAGUUCUUCCUGAAGAAGUACCCUUCCUGCAAAGGAGGCAAAGUGGUCUCUGAUCAGUACGGUAACUCCAGGUAUGAGCGCUGAACAGACUUAUACAUUCAUGUUAUUUGGUGAUGCUAGUUAUGCACCACCUUAUUUUGAACACAAUUUGAAUUAAUCAGACAUUUCAUUACAUUUAAAUUCCUUGUAAAAUCUCAUGACAUUUUUAACAAUAGAUCCUUAUUUAAUUGGAUUGUGUGUAGAUAUACGAGUGUGUUGGGUAUCUUCACCACUGUUACCACUGGUAAAUUUUCCCAGAAAUACUGGAAAAGUUUGUUUCUGACAUUUAUGCUAAAACUAUUGUUUUCCCCAUAUAGGGUAAGCAAGAGCAACUCACAAUUGAAGUGAUGCUACUUCAUAUUAAAAGUAAAACAACAAGUUUCAGUUCUACCAUACCAUUUUUGUUUUCGAAUUAAUUAUGUAUUUGAUUAGCAUGAUACGGCGAGUCCGGACAGAAUGUGUGCUCAGGGUUUUAGCGUUUUGCUUGCUCUCGCAGAGGUUAUGGCUUCAUCAAGUUUGAGGAUGAGAACGAACAGAAGAAAGCCAUCGAUGAGUGUCAGAACGCCUCAGGCCUGGGGACAAAACCAAUCAGGAUCAGCAUAGCUGUGAACAAGAGGUAUGGUUCUAAUCUUCUUCUGAAAUAAGUGUAUAAAUUAUACUGUGUUAGGGUCGAUUAGUGUCAUGCUGGUCUGUCUUUGUUGAAAGUUGCUAUACUAUGUAUGAUUGUCCUCCUAACUUGACAUCCACUGCACCUAACAUUAAUUUUUCCUGUUUCCUUGCUAUUUAGCCAUAAAAUGAACAGCUAUAACAACCAGAACCACAACUCCUACCACAACAAUUACCAACAGCCGUACUAUCAACAACCCAACCAGAAUUACUACCCUCAGUGGGGCUAUGACCAGUACAACAGCUACAACUACAGUGGGUACGGUCCUUACGGGGGGUACCCCCCUCCAGGCCCCCAUGGGAUGAUGGGACCCCCACCUCCCAUUAGCAUGCCCCCCAUGCACACAGACAUGCAGACUUCCUCAGAGGUAAGGCUUCCUGACAAGCUCCUGUGAUCUUUCCCCUCAUAAUUCCCCAUAACCUAUCCCUUAAUCGAAUGAGAUCUGUCUAAAAAGGGUUUUCAUGCUAACCGUUGUUCACAAUGAUUCAUUUCUGUUGUCUUGUUUUUCACAUUAGCAAACACAGGAGUCCACAGAUGAGCCUGAAGAAGAGGCAGCAGAAGGUAACUCUUCACUAUCCUUUCACAUGCACAAAAGAAAAAUGCAAUUUUCUGCAGAUACAGUGAGGGGAAAAAAGUAUUUGAUCCCCUGCUGAUUUUGUACUUUUGCCCACUGACAAAGAAAUGAUCAGUCUAUAAUUCUAAUAAUUAAUCAUUUUAAUGGUAGGUUUAUUUGAACAGUGAGAGACAGAAUAACAACAAAAAAAUCCAGAAAAACGCAUGCCAAAAUGUUAUAAAUUGAUUUGCAUUUUAAUGAGGGAAAUAAGUAUUUGACCCCUCUGCAAAACAUGAUUUAGUACUUGGUGGCAAAACCCUUGUUGGCAAUCACAGAGGUCAGACGUUUCUUGUAGUUGGCCACCAGGUUUGCACACAUCUCAGGAGGGAUUUUGUCCCACUCCUCUUUGCAGAUCUUCUCCAAGUCAUUAAGGUUUCGAGGCUGACGUUUGGCAACUCGAACCUUCAGCUCCCUCCACAGAUUUUCUAUGGGAUUAAGGUCUGGAGACUGGCUAGGCCACUCCAGGACCUUAAUGUGCUUCUUCUUGAGCCACUCCUUUGUUGCCUUGGCCGUGUGUUUUGGGUCAUUGUCAUGCUGGAAUACCCAUCCUCAACCCAUUUUCAAUGCCCUGGCUGAGGGAAGGAGGUUCUCACCCAAGAUUUGACGGUACAUGGCCCCGUCCAUCGUCCCUUUGAUGCGGUGAAGUUGUCCUGUCCCCAGAAAAAUACCCCCAAAGCAUAAUGUUUCCACCUCCAUGUUUGACGGUGGGAAUGGUGUUCUUGGGGUCAUAGGCAGCAUUCCUCCUCCUCCAAACACGGCGAGUUGAGUUGAUGCCAAAGAGCUCCAUUUUGGUCUCAUCUGACCACAACACUUUCACCCAGUUCUCCUCUGAAUCAUUCAGAUGUUCAUUGGCAAACUUCAGAAUGGCCUGUAUAUGUGCUUUCUUGAGCAGGGGGACCUUGCGGGCGCUGCAGGAUUUCAGUCGUUCACGGCGUAGUGUGUUACCAAUGGUUUUCUUAGUGACUAUGGUCCCAGCUGCCUUGAGAUCAUUGACAAGAUCCUCCCGUGUAGUUCUGGGCUGAUUCCUCACCAUUCCCAUGAUCAUUGCAACUCCACAAGGUGAGAUCUUGCAUGGAGCCCCAGGCAGAGGAAGAUUGACAGUUCUUUGUGUUUCUUCCAUUUGCGAAUAAUCUCACCAACUGUUGUCACCUUCUCACCAAGCUGCUUGGCGAUGGUCUUGUAGCCCAUUCCAGCCUUGUGUAGGUCUACAAUCUUGUCCCUGACAUCCUUGGAGAGCUCUUUGGUCUUGGCCAUGGUGGAGAGUUUGGAAUCUGAUUGAUUGUUUCUGUGGACAGGUCUCUUUUAUACAGGUAACAAGCUGAGAUUAGGAGCACUCCCUUUAAGAGUGUGCUCCUAAUCUCAGCUCGUUACCUGUAUAAAAGACACCUGGGAGCCAGAAAUCUUUCUGAUUGAGAGGGGGUCAAAUACUUAUUUCCCUCAUUAAAAUGCUUAUCAAUUUAUGACAUGCGUUUUUCUGGAUUUUGUUGUUGUUAUUCUGUCUCUCACUGUUCAAAUAAACCUACCAUUACAAUUAUAGACUGAUCAUUUCUUUGUCAGUGGGCAAACGUACAAAAUCAGCAGGGGAUCAAAUAAGUUUUUCCCUCACUGUAUAAGGUCUUUGUUGUUUUUCCUUUUAAAUGUAUUGUUGCCAUUGCCUGACUCUGUUGCAUUCAAAUCCAUUGGCUUGUUGACUUAUUUACUCUUCCCUGCCAGAACCCAACCCUCACCUGGAUGUGGAUGCACUGAACAAAGAAUUCAUGGAGAGGAGUGAGGAGCUCUAUGAUUCACUAAUGAACUGUCACUGGCAACCACUGGAUACCAUGACCUCAAAAAUCCCUCAUUUUUCCAGUUCCUGAUCUGUUUCAACUUGUCCUAUGAAUUUAGUAUGAAAUGUAUCUUCUCCAAAAGAGCAGUCACACAGAAAAUGUCAGUGUUGUUUAAAAAAAAAUCACCAGUAGAGACACAGCAUGUUCCUGUAUAUAUUGUCCCC